GGAAGGGAAAGGAGUAAAACAGGAUGCGGGCUUCGUAUUUCAGAAACCCUAUCUUCUUCCUGAAAGAAAACCUUCUCCUUCUCUUGAAAUCGCUGGAUUCUCAUUCUCCAAACCCACGUACGUCUCUCUCUGCACCGUCCAUCUGGUGGGCCGUACCCUAGAUCCGUGACAGUUCAAGAGAGGACAAAGCAGUAACCGGCACCCUUUAUGAUGCCAGAAGUUCCAAAGGAUUCAAGAUCUCAUCCCAAGCAAAAUGAAUUAGGACCCAACUAUUUUGGUUACUACAAACAUGCAAUACUGGAACUGUUCUCUCAAAAUGAGGACUUCCUUUCACCUUUCUCCAGCCAAGGUCCUAAAUCAUCCACGAGAGUAUCUGAAAAGGUCAAAACUAAAGAGAUCAGUGACUAUAGUUCCAACAAUAGAGAAGCUAAAAGUUGUAGUGGUUCUGGUUCGUUAUUCAGUGGUGGAAUAGGAGAAGGGCUUUCAGAUUCCAAGAGAGACAUGGUGAAAGCAUUUCUCAAACAGAGUGUAACUGACUUAAAUCAGGAAGUUGAUGAGAUUUUAGAUCGUGUUCUAGCGAUUAACCAGAUUCAGUCGGAUUUAAGGGAGAAAGAGCCAUCGGCAUGCUGUUCAAGUGCAUUGGAUCAAGACAUGAGCGACAAUGUCUGUAAGAAGCAGAAGAGAUCCUCUUCUCCCCUUUCUAACUUCGCCCAUAGGCAUAUCGGAGCUGACGGCUUCCAAUCUAAUGUACAGGCGAAUAAAGAUUUUCAGUUGCUUCUAGAAAUUAAUGGAUUACACUCUGAGGAAGCUUUGAGGAAGUGUUCGGCUGAUUUAUCAGCAAAGCUAGAUUACAUGGAGCAGCAUCUUGAAGAAUUUCUCGAUAUGGUUAUGUCCAAGUGCAGACAGAUGACUCAAGCUGAGAAGCAGCAGCUUCGCAAACGCAUUCAGAAGCUUCCAGCGAAGGCCCUGGACCGUAUUGUGGAAAUCAUCCAACAUCGGAAGCCAUCAUCAGGACUUUCUUGUGAUGAAAUCCAUGUUGAUUUGGAAAACGAGGAUAACGUAACACUUUGGAGAUUGCACUACUAUGUCGAAGCAGUUGAAAGAGCAAAUGAGCUGACAUCGUUGUAGGGGUGCACCCUUUAGAUGAGCUCCUAAAACAGUUUGCCGUGUUUCUGUUUCACGAAGAUGGGGGUCAUUGAUCUUUCAAUCUUGAUAUGAAAUUGCAGUUGUUGGAAGCUGGUUUUUGAGUCAAAAUAGUUCGAGGAAUCAUGGGAGAUGCCACCUUAUAUAUGCUACAUCUAUGGCGGCCAUGAAAGGUCCCAAAGCUUUUGAGAAAUGGGUAAAAAGUAGAUUAGAACUAAUAUGCAGGAUGGAAGAUGAUCUCCAAUCCCCACCUAUUAGAUAUGCUCCCUUGCAUGUGUAUAGGCAUUGGCAAGCUUCAAAUUGCGUAUGUUUAUGUAUAGUGUCCACUUGAUAUAUAAAUGUUUUUGAAGUCUCUA